UUUAACGGCGGUCAUUGUCCAACCACGGUGUCCAACCGCGCGUGUGAACUGGGUGUGGAUAAAUUAUCAUAAUCGGUCAUGGUUUUCGUGCACGUGAACGACAAAUAACCACCACAAAAAUUCGGGUUUUUGCUGGUUAAAAGUACAACUUCGAGAUGAUGUCCACGCCAGUUACAACUGUGUCAUCUGAGCCAAGAUAUACCAUCGAGCAGAUCUCUUUACUUCACCGCCUCCUCAGAACAGGCCUCACUAAGCAAGACAUCAUACACGCAUUAGACUCCAUGACCAAGAUGGAUGCAGAACUCCAGGCUUCGAGCCAGCCACUUGUGGGCGGAGCCAUGGGGGAGACAGGUUCUAGCAACUAUGCCAUAAGCAGGUCCUCGGUUGCAUCCAGUGCUUCGUUGGUCAGCACUGGAAUGCAGAGGGGGGCUGGUGGGAUGGGGGGUGGUACUCAGAUCGAGGGCGGAGCCAGCGGAUUGCAAGGUGGCACUGGACUCCAGAGGAUGCCGCAAGAGGUCUCGUGUGGUGUGGAGAACUUCCCAAAUGUGUCUGACGAAGAAGUGGAAAUUUUGUUUCGGCGGGGACCAAUGGCAGCCAAAUCAGACAUCCGGGCCUUCAUGAGCAAGUGCAGAGUGUCACAGAAUCAGAUCUCCAUGGCAACUGGGAUCAGUCCCAGUUACAUCUCCUCCUUCCUCACCCAUGGCUUCAUGAUGAAACGCUCCACGCAAGAGCUCCUCUACCGUUGGUACCUUGGCAAGAAGAAGGAGAUGGAGGACUUGGGUAGCCAACCUGACCUUGAACACCAGGACAACAGCUCGCUUCCGGCAAGGCCUAGUGACUUGUCCCAGUCUUACACCAGUCCAAACGGAGAGAACUUCCUGCCCACAUUCAAGCGCCGUGAGCGGUUCACCUGGAAGGAUUCUCACAUCCGCAUCCUGGAGAGCUACUUCAGCAAGAACCCCUACCCUAACGACUUUGAGCGAGAGAAGAUCACUGAGGCUUGCAACAGCGAAUACCAGCAAUCAGGUGAGCCAGUACAUGAGAGUAAAUGGGUAACUUCUUCCAAGGUCUACAACUGGUUUGCCAACAGACGGAAGGACUCAAACAGACGAAAGCGGUUAAGCCAGAUGAUGGACGAAAAUGCUGAACUUCAGAGCGGCAGCGUGGACCGCAUCGCUCACAGCGAGCACACCCAGAACUUGCACGUCAUUGAGGUGCACCAAGGUGAUGGUGAAUCCCAUGACGCGGGCAGCCUGUCUGGACGUGAGGUUCACGUGGUCCAGCUGCAGAUGGACAACGAACAGACCGAGAGUGACGGGAGACAGCACCGGCAGCGGGAGGAUCGGAAAGUGGAGACCACGACUGACACCAAGAACUUUGGAGGAGUCAACACCAUUUACACACUCAUAGAAGCCGUCGAGGAAAGUGACAUGAUGAAACACUCGCAGUGACCCCACAAAGCCAAAAAAUCGCCAGUGGCUAAAAAGUUAUCAUAUUCUGUACAUGUAUUUAUGGCAUUUAUGGCAACAAGACUGCAGGGUGGGUGUCCAUCACAUGUCCCUCCAUGUCCAUCACAUCGUUCUUUCUUGAGCCAAGUUACAAUGCUUUUGAAGUACAUGUACAUGAAAACAAUGACAAAAGUAUUCCUUUGCUAGUGAUCGCCCUUUCACUGGUGCUGGUCGAGAGACUGGAUUUGUGAAGGAACUCGAAACAGACUUGACAGCAACACUGCCAGGAAGCACCUUCACUCUUUGAAUGAAAAAAGUCGUAAUUCAAGAAAGAUUCCGACCAGUAUGUCACCGUUGGGUCACGUAUUCAAUACCUAUGUGGUCUCAAAGGUCACACAGCUGUGGAAAAGGUACUGAAAUACAGCUUGAUCAACCUUCUCUAGAAUCGGAGGAACAGUAUCAAAGAGAGCAGAGAUCCUUCAGGGUUCCCCAAUACAGUCAUUGACGAAGCAGA